AUGCGGGAGCUGCAGCAGCAGCAGCAGCAGCAGCAGCAAGAGCAGCCGCUGCUGCGCUUCGGUGGUGCCUUCACGGACCAGGGCGCCCUUAAUGAAUCGACAGCAGCAGCAGCAGCAGCAGCAGAAGCAGCAGCAGCAGAAGCAGCAGCAGCAGGGGGUCCAGAUGCUCAGCCUUCCUUCAGCUUUGCUGCUGCUGUUAGAGCAGCAGCAGCAGCAGCUGCUGCUGCUGCCUCGCAGAGAAGAACACUGAAGGCGAAGGCCCCGUUUCUAUGGAACUCCACAGACACCAGCAGCAGCAGCAGCAGCAGCAGCUGCAGCAGCAGCAGCAGCUGCUGCCUGAAAUUCUCCCGCCUGUCGGGUGUAUAUGCAUCCCCGGCAGCAGCAACUGGCAGCGCAGCAGCAGCAGCCUCACUCGACGCAGCAGCAGCAACAACAGCAGCAGCAGCAGCAGCAGGGAGCGACCGCACAGAUGACAGCCGCCCUCCAGAUGAAGAAGCAGCAGCAGCAAGCAGCACUGAGAUGUAUAAGCAGCAGCUACGUGAAUGCCAGGCGCUGCUGCAGCAGCUGCUUGGGGGAGACACAGCGCAGCAGCAGCAGCAGCAGCAGCAAGCUGAAGCUGUCUUUCUCUCCUGCUCGGAGUCUCCUGGGGUGCUGCUGGCGCUCACCGCGUACGCCAUUUGUGGUUAUAACGAAACUCUUUUCUCUCACUCCUGCUCGCAUGCUGCUGCUGCUGCUGCUGCUGCUGCUGCUGCUGCUGCUGGUGCUGGUGCUGCAGCUCAGCAGCAGCGCGAAGCAGCUGGCAGUUCCACCUCUGCUGAAUCGCCCUCUACACGCCGACCGUCGCUGCAGCAGCAGCUGCAGCAUCAGCAGCUGCAGAAGCAACACCAGCAGCAGCUUCAGCAGCAGCAGCAGCAGCAGGAGCUGGAGCAGCAGCAGCAGCACCUGAUAUGCUUGUGCAGUGCGCCCGGUUGCUGCUGCAUAUUUUCGCAGCAGGGGCAGCAAAUGCUGCAUUCUGCUGCUGCAGCCUGUAGCAGCAGCAGCAGCAGCAGCAACAGCAGCAGCAGCAGCAGCAGUGAUUUCUUGCUGCAGGUGCUCUGUGCUUCGCUGCUGCGGCAGCUGGUGGGGCCCCGCUGGGGAGCCUUCGGCUGCAGCGAGCGGCAAGCGGCGCUGCUGCUGCUGCUGCAGGCAGCACCAGCGCACCCGCAGCAGCAGCUGCAGCAGCUGCUGCACAAGGUCUUAACGGAGCUGCUGGCCUACCAGCAGCAAACUGCUUCCUGCAGCAGCAGCUGCUGCAGUGAGCAGCUACACAUGCAGCUGACAGCAGACACUUGCUGCUGCUGCUGCUGCUGCAAGAAGCGGCAGGCCCAGAUUCAGCUGCUGCCAGCAGCAGCAGCAGCAGCAGCAGCAGAGAGCGGGAGCACGCCGCGCAGCAGCGCCAGCAGCAGCAGCAGCAGGACCGGCGCCAGAUGCAGGCAGCAGCCUCAAGCGACUGCUGCUGCUGCAGCACCAUCUGUGUUACCUGCAGCAGCAACAGCAGCAGCAGCAGCAGCAGACACCGCCUUGCAUCCCCCUGCUGCGCCCGACGAAGCAGCAGCAGCGGCUGCUGCUGCUGCUGCAACACAAGCAGCAGCAGCAGCAACAACAGGCAGCUCGAAGCCAGCAACUGGCGCGUUGCCUUCUGGGGUACAGCCGUCGCCCCCGGACACUGCAGCAGCAGCAGCAGCAACAGCAGCAGCAGCAGCAGCAGGUGCUGCUGCUGGAGGUUCUGCUGCUGGCUGCUGCUACGCGUUGCAGCGCUGCUGCACUGCAGCAGAAACUCUAACUGAACGGGUGUUAACUCGGGUGAUGGAGUUGAUGCAGCGGGCAGCAGCUGCUGAAGCAGCAGAAAGAACAGCAGCAGCAGCAGCAGCAGCAGCAGCAGCAGCAGCAGCAGAUGAUGAGUAUCCAGCAUAUGGCACUGCUCGCUUCGUGCUGCACUCAUCGCUGCGUUUGCUGCAGGUGCUGCUGCGGGACUGUCCUAACUUUCUGCUGCUGCAGCAGGAGCGGCUGCAGCAGCUGCUGCUGCUGCUGCAGCAGACUGCAGCAGGAGGGCAGGCCUAUAACCUUGUGCUAGCGCCAGGGAUGCUUGCUGCUCCUGCUGCUGUUGCUGCUGCUGCUGCUGACGCUGCUGCUGCUGCCGACGGCCGCCCGCCUGCUCAUCUGGCUGCUGUUGAGAGGACGCGAAGAAGACUCCAAAUCAAGAAGCCUCAACUGGACACAGCAACGUGCGUUGCCUGCCUUGUGGUGUACGUGGAGCUGCUGGAGGCUGCACAGGGGCACAAGCAGCGUUGCUGCUGCUGCAGCAGUUGCUGCUGGGCCUCAGCUUUGCUGCAGCACCUGCAGCGGCUGGUGCAGCAGCUGCUGCUGCUGCUGCGCAUCAGCAGCCUGCAGCUAACAGACGGCAGCCACCUAACAGCAGCAGUACAGACAGUGCGUUGCUGCGUUCUUAUAGCUCGUCUAGCUCGACCCAGCAGCAGCAGCAGCAGCAGCAGCAGCAGCAACAGAAACAACAGCAGCAGCAGCAGCAGCAGGACAUACCCCCCACAACUUGAAGGAGACCUGCCGCCCGCUGUUGCUGCUGCUGCUUCUGCUGCUGCUGCUGCUGCUGCUGCUGAUGAGGUGGGGUGUCUCCGCACCCCCUCAGAAGCAACCAGCAGCACUUCUGCUGCUUCUCCAGAGUCGCCUUUAUCGGGUGCUCCGUCAGCAGCAACAGCAGCAGCAGCAGCAGCAACAGCAGCAGCAGCAACAGCAGCAGCAGCAACAGCAGCAGCAGCAGCAGCAGCAGCAGGACAUACCCCCCACAACUUGAAGGAGACCUGCCGCCCGCUUGCUGCUUCUCCAGAGUCGCCUUUAUCGGGUGCUCCGUCAGCAGCAACAGCAGCAGCAGCAGCAGCAGCAGCAGCAACAGCAGCAACAGCAACAGCAGCAGUUGCUGCUUCUACUUCAUCGGACAGCAACAGCUUGGUGCUGCCAGAGGCUUUCACUAGCAAUGCCCCUCCGCUUGCUGCUGCAGCAGCAGCAGCAGCAGCAGCAGGUCCUGGCUGCUGCAGCAGCUGGGAGUGCAGCAUAAGAAGUGAGUUUGCUGCUGCAGCACCGCUGAUGCUAGAUGCAUGCAUUUUGCUGCUGCAGCGUUAUUUCUGUACAUUCGAGUCAUUGCUGCUGCAAGAGGGGGAGGAGGAGCAGCAGCAGCAGCAAGACAUGGGCGCCCACAAGACCUCAGCAGCAGCAGCAGCAGCAGCAGCAGCAGCAGCAGCAGCAGCAGAAGCCUCAAACGCCCUCAGCACCUCUGGCCGCUGCCUCGUUAUACAGUGUAUUUGCUUCCUCAUAGAGUGCGCGCGUCUGCCUGAGUCGAGAGCUUUGCUGCUAGAGCCAGAAGCAACAGCAGCAGAAGCUGCUGCUGCUGCUGCUGCUGCUGCUGCUGCUGCUACGGCAGCAAACCUCGAUACUGCCGAGGAAGCAGCACGACCUCCUGCAGCAGCAGCAGCAGCUGCUGCUGCUGCUGCUGCUGCACCUGCAGAAGCGGAGGCGCUUUUAGGGGCGCCGGCGAAGCAGCAGGUGCAAGCUGCAGCAGGACCUGCUGCUGCUGCUGCUGCUGCUGCUGCUGUUCCAGAGGAGGACAGGGCCGCCAAGCCUUCUCCUUGUCUUACGCUGCUGCUGUCUUUGCUGCUGCCGUACUGCCAGCUAUCAGCAGCAGAAGAGCAGCAGCUGCAGCAGCACGCCACAAGCUUCAUUGAUUGGAGCAGCACCGAGCAGCAGCUGCUGCUGCAGGAGCUGCUGCAGCAGCAAGGCUACAGCAGGCAGCAGCUGCAGUUUCUUGGGUUUUCAUCUGCUAGCUGCAGUGACACCUCAGCAGCAGCAGCAGCAGAAGCAGCACCAGCAGCAGCAGCGGAAGGUUCCCGCCGACGGUGGCGGCGGCAGCAUCAGUAUCAGCAGCAGCAGCAGCAGCAGCAGCAGCAACAGCAGCAGCAGCAGCAGGAAGCAGACGAAGAAGAAGCACUCGCCGGGCAGUCUGUACGCCGCGUUGUGCUGCAGCUGCUGCACGCCCUGGAGACGCCUGCUGCUCUUUCUCAUGACUGCUGCAGCAGCACAGCAGCAGCAGGAGCAGCAGGAGCAGCAGCAUGGCCGUCUUCUGCUGCUGCUGCUGCUGAGUGCUGCAGCAGCAUAUGCUGCCUGGAUGUCGGCAGCAGCAGCCUUUCGCGGUGCUGCAGCUGGGGAGACACAACAGGAGAGGAAAGAAUCCCUGCUGCUCAUCAGCGCCGAGAGGCGGCAGCAGCAACUGCCGUGGUGGUCUCUUACAGAGCUGCCUUCGUUGCUGCUGCUGCUUCUGUUGGUGCUGCUGCUGGCUCUGUUGCUGUUGCUUCUGCUGCUGCGUGCAGCAGCUACUGCUGCCUCUGA